AUGCUAGAGAGGUUUAUAGAAUUGUCGGAAAAAAUUAGCUGCAUUAUUUUGCAGUAUCCUACGGCUCCUCCGAUGCUAUCUGUCUCGGAGUUGCAAUCGGCCAAAGAAUUUGUUCAGCUGUUGGAACCAUUUAAAGAUGCAACAAAAAUCAUAUGCGGCGAACACUAUCUCACUGCGAGUAAAGUAAUUCCAAUUGUUAAUAUUUUAAGAAAUAAAUUACAGGCAUUUGAACCUGAUACCGAUAUAGGGCAUCAUUUUAAAAAGGCGUUAAUAGAUCAAUUUAUGAAACGAUUUGAAAGUUUGGAACAAGUAUUAUUAUUAGCUAUAGUUACAAUUUUAGAUCCCCGGUUUAAAAAUAUUAAUUUUAUUGAUAAAAUUGCUUGCUCACAGGCUAUUAACAAAAUUACAAGAUUUAUAAAUUCCAGAGUUAUAAAUACCAAUCUUGAAUGUCAACGUCAACGAAAAAAUUCAGAUAAUAACGAUGAAGCAAACUUUUGGUCUUAUCAUGAAAAUCUUGUAAAUUUAAAUAUAUCUAGACAGGUUUUUAAUCAAGAUCCUGACCAAAUGUCAGAAGAUUUUCCCCGAGAUUCGCCUCUAAGCGCCUUAGCAAUUAAAUAUCAAUCAUUAAUUGCCACUUCAGUUCCUUCUGAAAGACUAUUUUCCGAAGCAGGUAAAAUAAUGACUGAAGAACGAAAUAGGUUGACAAGUGAUCACCUAAAUCAAUUGCUAUUUUUACAUUCCCUCGAUCUCAGCGAUUGGCAUUUAUAA